GAAGCAUCAUUUAAUGACAAAUCCAUGCUCACAGGGUAAAGAUGGCAGGCUUCCUGGAUAACUUCCGAUGGCCAGAGUGUGAGUGUGUCGACUGGAGUGAGAGAAGGAACGCCGUGGCCUCCGUGGUUGCAGGCAUACUGUUUUUUACAGGUUGGUGGAUAAUGAUCGAUGCUGCUGUGGUCUAUCCUAAACCUGAGCAGUUGAAUCACGCUUUUCACACAUGUGGUGUGUUUUCCACACUGGCUUUCUUCAUGAUAAACGCUGUAUCCAACGCGCAAGUGAGAGGGGACGGUUAUGAGAGCGGCUGCCUAGGAAGAACAGGUGCUCGAGUCUGGCUCUUCAUUGGUUUCAUGCUGAUGUUCGGGUCACUGAUCGCCUCCAUGUGGAUUCUUUUUGGUGCAUAUGUUACUCAGAAUGUUGAUGUCUAUCCCGGACUAGCUGUCUUCUUUCAAAACGCUCUUAUAUUUUUUAGCACUCUGAUCUACAAAUUUGGAAGAACUGAAGAGCUCUGGACGUGAGAUGGGCUGCCUCUCAGUCACACCUUACCCCGCUCUGUUCUACGUAGAUAUCUUUAUCUCUGGUAUAGUUUACACAUUGCCAAAUGGAGCAGAGUGCGCACGCGGUGUUCUGUUCCGUCACACUUUUAUGUCCUAAGUUUUGAAUUGCUUUUGCAAAAUGUCUGUGUUGAUUUUUCAUUGAUUGGACAACUUAGUAUGUACAUAAUACAUGACUUCUCAUAAUGCCUGAUGCUGAGUGUCAGGGUUUUAUUCCCGAAACUGAUUGGUAUGUGUCCUGAGCAUUGUCCUGGUGUCUAGGGUAUCUGAUGUUUGAAAAUGUGCAAAAUAUUCAGCUCUGUGACUCUAGGAAAAGCCCUGGGCUAUUAGAGAAGGCAUUUCUGCCAGUUGUAAUUUAUUUUGGUUGGAAACAAGACUUUUCUUAAAGGGAAAAUGUUUGUGCUUACGUGUACACUAAAGAACUGGACUUUUUAUAUGAAGGUUUGAGUGCCCAAAGGACUAGUUUGAAAGCCCCUUUAAAGAGAAUUUCUCUAACGUGUCUUUUACUUGACUCUCAGCAAAUUGCCAUUUUUGAGAGUUAAUGUAAAAAGAUGGUAGGCAGCUGAGCAGUGUGCUUCCCGUUACCACGCAGCCCAGUGCUCCCCAUCUUACUACACAGCUCAGUGCUCCCCAUCUUAACAUGCAGCUCAGUGCUCCUCAUCUUACUACACAGCUCAGUGCUCCCCAUCUUAACAUGCAGCUCAGUGCUCCUCAUCUUACUACACAGCUCAGUGCUCCCCAUCUUACAACACAGCUCAGUGCUCCCCAUCUUAACAUGCAGCUCAGUGCUCCCCAUCUUAACAUGCAGCUCAGUGCUCCCCAUCUUAACAUGCAGCUCAGUGCUCCCCAUCUUAACAUGCAGCUCAGUGCUCCCCAUCUUACCAUAGCCCAGUGCUCCCCAUCUUACCAUAGCCCAGUGCUCCCCAUCUUACUACACAGCUCAGUGCUCCCCAUCUUACUACACAGCCCAGUGCUCCCCAUCUUACCAUAGCCCAGUGCUCCCCAUCUUACUACACAGCCCAGUGCUCCCCAUCUUACCAUAGCCCAGUCUUCCCCAUCUUACUACACAGCUCAGUGCUCCCCAUCUUACCACGCAGCUCAAUGCUCCCCACCUUACCAUGCAGCCCAGUGCUCCGGGUUUUCGUCUUGCACGGCUCAACAGUGUCUGCACACACACUCAGGCGAGUGGCCCUGAGACAGCCGUAGUUCAGACACAUGACACAGUCAGUCAAAGAUAAAGAUGCUUCCCGAAGGAAGGGCGUUAUGACCCAGGGAAAGGCAGGCGCGUGACUGUCUUAGUCCUCGACUCCCUGUGAGCGGCCCUCAGGUGGCGCUGUGCAGAGCACAUGUGUCGCACACUCAGUGCACACUCCACUCCAGGAGCCCUUCUCCACGUUGAGAGCGGCACCUGCCCCGUGUGUAUUUCUGUGGGCCUUGCCUUGGUUGUAAAAAUUCUGUUGCACUUUUAACCCCAGAGGAUUUUUAUAAAGCCUUUUGCUGUAAAACAGUAACGCCAUGGUAGCACAUGCAGCUUCUGAUGCAGCCUUCACUCUCCUCAGCUCUCCUCAGAGGCAGCACAGCAGGAAGCAGCUGCGGAUCGCUGCGCCUUCCUCUAGAUGCGUCUCGCUGCGUUACUCUCCUGUUGUUCCCUCAGAAUGCCUGCUUUGUCUUGCUUUCAGAAAACUACGAAGCUAAUCACAUGUUUCCAUUCUGAGAAUCUAAUGCAAUAAAUAUUCCCUGUCUCACAUCCUAUACAGUUAGGUGUUCUGGGAAAAUGACCCAUGAAACCUGCUCUCUGUUCAUUCUUCAUUGUCCAAGUUAACUUAUCCAAGAGGCAUUCAUAAACAAGAAGAUAAAUGACUACAGGUCUAUGAAGGGCAGCCCUGAGGACCAACUGAAGAUGCUGGUGGCUUCUUUUCUAUUCGUGAUUCUAUCCAUGACGAGACAGAUGGUGUUAGUGCCCUCCCACAGGUAUUAUGAGUCCGUAGCAUCCUUGGUGAUCACCGAAAAUACACCUGGUUCUCUUAAUAAAGGUCUCACUUGUUAUACUCAA